UAAAGAUCAAUGGCAAGUUGAGCUUUUCACAAAAGAUUUGGUCCUGCUUCAGCAAAAUGUGUGAUCCAAAACCCAAGUCAAAGCUGUUGUGGAGACUCAUGUCACUUCUGUGUGUUUUGAUCAGUGUAACACACAAAAGCAGUGCCUGCCCUAAAUCAUGCGCCUGUUACACUCCAACAGAGGUGCACUGUACAUUCAGAUACCUGAGUGAAAUACCCAGAGACAUUCAGCUGAAUGUUGAAAGAAUUAACCUGGGGUACAACAGUUUAACAGCUCUUACAGUAAAUGACCUCUCAGGACUAAAACAUCUUGAGUUAUUAAUGCUGCAUAGUAAUGUCAUCAAGACUAUUGAAGAUAACUCAUUCCUUCAGCUCACGUCUCUGCAGGUUCUGAAAAUGAGUUAUAACCGAGUCGAGAAGCUUGACAAGGAUACAUUUCGAGGCCUGCACAAUCUUGUACGUCUCCAUAUGGACCACAAUCACAUUACUUUCAUCCAUCCACAGAGUUUUUAUGGAUUAAAAAUGCUACAGUUGGUUAAUCUUGAAGGAAAUAUGCUCCAACAGCUUCAUCCAGACACUUUUAUAUCAUUGCGCUACAGCCAGAUUUUUAAAAUAUCAUCUCUCAAGACCAUUUACCUGUCAGACAAUGCUUUAACCUCACUGCCCGCAACCGUGUUUGCUGCCUGUUACAAGAUAGAGAAUCUCUUCCUUAGUGGAAACCCCUGGUCAUGUGAUUGUCAGAUGGCUUGGAUUGGAGAGUGGACAGAGAAAAACCCUGAUGUUCUGAAAUGCAAAAGAGACCGGAAGAUUGUUAAAGAGAAACUGUGUCCUGUCUGCGAGUACCCAGUUUCUUCUAAAGGCAACAGUAUUGUGCGUUUGCCCAAUGACGGCUAUACAUGCAUUAGACCAUGGAUUCAUCCUCAGCUGAAACAGAGAAAUGUCACCUUGGAUGAAGGUGAUUAUAUUCCAGUCUCUCCUACAGAUUUUGUUGCCCCCAUUGGUAUGUUGGAAAUGAACAUUACUGAUCAGUUCAAUAAUGUGGCCAGUAUAGCAUGUGUUGUACAAAGACCUGUGGGGAUGGACAACUUGACUGUAACUUAUGGAGUAAAUGGUAGAGAUGUAAGUGCCCUGAAUGCAACCUUUUUAACGUCACUGGUCUGCAACAUUGAUAAUGAUCAUUUAAGCCAGAUUUGGAACAUAUUAGCUCUCUAUAGUGAAUUACCUAUGAGACUCGAACGAGGAUUAAAACUUUCAGACACAGUUUACACAUACAAGCAAAUGGCACCCACUGCACCAGAAGAGGUUUUUACAGAAAUUAAGGCAACAAUCAAAGCUAAUCCUACGUGGAUAAUGCAAAGCAUGAUUAACCUACAGCUGGACCGCAGCACAACAACUAUCCCAACUCUUACUAUCAAGUAUUUCUGCAAUGUACAAAUAGAUGUUUACGAUAAGGAUAGUAGAGCUCAAUAUAGCUGGACAAUGAUCAGAAGAGACAAUCAGACCAAGACAGAACACACAGUAGUUGCUGGAAGACCGGUUGAAUUGAACUGCCAAAUCUUAGGGGAUCUAAAACCUACCAUAGAGUGGAUUUUACCAGAUGGUAAUAAGAUACGUGGACCAUACAGUAGUGAGGAUCAAAGGAUUGUGCUAACUAACAAAGGAAGACUUACUUUAAAAUCAGCUGAAAGGUCAGACACAGGUGUGUAUCACUGCAUUGCCUCUAACUACCUGGAUGUAGAUGUUCUUGCCUUCAGAGUCACUGUAUUGCCACCACACAUGAAAGAAGAAGAGGUCAAUGGAGUCCAGAUCUCCCAGAAUCUUGGUCAGAACUUACUUCUUGAUUGCAUUUCAUCCGGCAGCCCACAGGCUUCAGUUCAAUGGAUACUUCCUGAUCAGACAGUUUUAGACAAAUCUGUUGGAAAUAGAAAGCUCUACAAUAACGGUACCUUGGUGAUACAUGGACUGACAUCCCAAGACACAGGAUUUUACAGAUGCGUAGCUGCCAAUUAUUUAGGAGCAGAUUUGCUUGCUUCUCAAGUAAUGGUUUUGGAUGACUUGUCAAAAGGCAAAAAGCAGGGUAAGAUAAGGAAAUCUGGUGAAGUUGUACAAAUGAUGGAUGAUAGCCAAAAAAUUGGAAGCAGAUAUCACAGUGUUAGUGAAGAGUCAAGGAGGAUUACCUCAGGCAGACCAUACGCUUGGCUGCAGUCCCGAUUUCAUAAUGUGCCUGCAGGCAGAAGAGGCAAUGGAAGAGCACAAGUUAUGGCGAGACGCGUCUUAAAUAAAGCAACCCGGAAAGUAGAUUUGGAAAAAUUUGCCACUUUCGCUAAGAACUCUCGAAAUAAAGGAAGAACUAAGGAAACUUUAGAGAAGUCCAAAACACUUCAUGAUCUUUCUGAAGGCUCAGGGGAUGGUAUAUCUGAAGAUGAAUUGACUACUCAAACGCCUGAGGAUGUAAGCAAUUUUAAAACCAUCGGUAUUUCAUUUCCAGACAACAGUUUCCUGGAAGAAAAAGAAAAUAAUGCUAGUAAAACUUUUAGUAAAACAAAAGAGAAAUCAAGUUUGAUUACAAUCACAUCAUACCCGUAUUCUCAUUCUCAGACGCAUACCCCACCAAUAAUGACCAGUUACACUCCAAAUUAUUAUAAUGCUCAAAUGAAGGAUGAGCAAACCUUGAAUACAAGUAACUCAGAUGAGUUGUUAAACCAUAGUGAUGUAUUAAACCACACCAACAUAUAUGAGAGAAAAAUAAACAGACACUCAGGGCAGCCUGUUACUCUCAGACAUACUGUAACAGAAGUUACAGAUAGAAUUGAGCUUCUGUUCUCUGGAGACUCAGAAGAGUUUUCAACAGGGGCAGCACCAUUAUAUAAUGUUCAGAACACAAAUGUAACCCAUUUGGAACCUGAGAGUCAAACUAGAUUUACAGCGGUCACCACAACAGAGAAAGAGCAGGACGAGAUCACGUUUUACACCACUCAAAGAAUCAAGUCACCUCAUCUCCUUCCUGGAUCCACAAUCAUUUCAAAACACCAAAUCCAAAUCGUUCCUCCUAAAAAAAAGCAGUCAGGAAAGAGACGCAACUUUCCUGGCAGACGUAGGAUCAUUCGGCCCGGCAAAAUUUCGGACAUUCAGUCUAUACUUGAGAAAUAUAAACAUCUGUCUUUAAACAAAGAGGACAGUCUCACAUUUCCACACACUGCGCAACAAAUGCCAGCGAAUCAAAGCUUGGUCAAUUCUACAGCUGGUUAUCACAUUUCCACAGAAAAACUUGUUCUGACAACACCAGGUACACAUUUGUCAAACUCAGUAAAGCCUGUAACUGAUUCACAGAGGUCAGCAACUAUGGUUUACUCCAUAUUAAAAGAGUCCACUGCAUUUACAAAUUCUGUUAAGGAGAUUGAACUAACCAAAGAUGCCAUUGUGUUUCUAUCAACCCCUACCGCAACCACAAAGUCUCCUGAAAUCACACAAGAGAAUGUUCCAUUUCAAAGACAGUUUACACAGAAAUGGGAUCUUAAAGAAUCCCUCAGCAAGUUUCAAAACCCAUUUACGUUGUCAAAUUUAGAAGAGCAAAUGACAAGGUCCACAGCAACCCCUGAGAGGGCAUUAACUGCAGUGCCUUUUAAAGAUUUGCAGCCACAUAAAACAACCUUUCCUCCAGUGACAAAAGAUGACAUUCUAGAAACAUCAACUGAUGAUGCGUCAGGCUCUUUUUUCUAUUCAGAGCCAGAUACAUCUUUUAAAGUAAUACCUCUUUCAACUACAAGGUUUCCUGCUUUCCGUGAGCUGUCGACAACAACAGCAUCAAAAGCUUUGUCAGCCUCUCCAACAAUGAAAACUGAAUUGAAGAAAGACAUUAGAUUUUCAGGUUCACACACAAGAUUGUGGGGAAAUCAAAAGCCUAGUUUUGAAAGACGAGAUUUCAAGGGAAGAGGGCAGCUUAAAAAAAUAACACCUGGAACCCUUGUUAUUACUGAAGUCCCUGACCGAUCUCCAACCACCAAAUCCACCACUGCAGCAUCACAAAGUCAAAUCGGAGGUGAGGUAGUAGGACCUCUGUAUGAACCCAUUAGAGAAUCUUCAAAUAUUAAUACUGACUCAGAGGGUUGGAGGAACUCAGUUUUGUCUUCUACCAACUAUUUAGAAUUCAUCACUUCGACCACUCAACCAACUUCCACUUACAAAAGACCCACAGACAUUGGAGCCCACACCACACCACAAUUCCAAACCCAGAGUAACACCAAGAGAAUACCAGUGAAUGUAAAUAUGAUGAGUGUUCAGCCAACUGUAUAUGAUCAAACACACAAGGACUAUUUUGAGCGUAUGAGACUGAAUGCUUCAUCUGGUGUAAAAUCUAGUGAGAGAAGAGUAAGUUCAGACAAAAUGAUUGUUCAAACAGGAGAACAGUUGUACAAUCUCACCCCUUCUCCACGCAAUAGUGAUAUUGUCAGUUUAAAUGCGUAUGACAGCUCUACAAGGAAUGACUUCUCCAAUACAACUAGAUCUGAGUCAUCUAUUGCGGAUUUCAAUUACAAGCCAAGAAUAAUUGGUGGAAAAGCUGCUAGUUUUACUGUUCUGUCAAAUUCUGAUGCCUUCCUUCCAUGCAAUGUGACUGGCAAUCCUGAACCCACCAUCAGUUGGAGCAGAUUUUCUUCUACCACAGGUAAUAUGCUGAACAUCAAUGGUAAAAUGGGUAAAUUUGAGGUGUUGAAAAAUGGAACAUUGUCCAUCCAAAGAACAAACAUUAAAGAUCAAGGACAGUACAUAUGUUUUGCUGAGAAUGAGUAUGGUUCUGAUAAGCUUGUAGUUACAUUGUCAGUUCUGGCCUAUCCCACCCGUAUACUGGAACCAAAGAUAAGGGAAAUCAAGGUUCUUGCUGGGAAAACUGCUGAAGUUGAAUGCAAGACAGAGGGCAGACCAGUGCCAAUUGUGUCAUGGAUUUUGCCUGAUCGCACUGAAGUUAAGAGCCCAAACACUGUGCAUGGCAGAGUGGCAGUAACUUCAAGGGGGAUAUUGACUAUCCAAGAUGUGUCGAUUUUCGAUCGCGGACAUUACAAGUGUUUUGCAAGCAAUCCAGGCGGAACAGACACCGCCAUUGUUCGUCUACAAGUGGUGGCAGCACCCCCAGUAAUACUGGAAGAGAAACGCCAGCUGGUAAGAGCUGAUGUUGGGCAAAAUCUCUUGUUGCCCUGUACCAGUCAUGGUGACCCCCAACCUACUACACACUGGGUCCUUCAUGAUGGCACAAUCAUAUGGCCUCUCACUUCAUCACACACCAAGAUAUCUGUAUUUUUAAAUGGUACACUUUACCUGAGAAACGUAGCAAUAACUGAGAGUGGAAGAUAUGAGUGCAUUGUAACAAGCAGCACAGGAUCAGAGCAACGUGUGGUCAUGGUUUCUGUGAAGAGGAUAGAAACUGCCCCUCAGAUCAUUGACACAUCACAAGGAAAUAUUGACAUGGUAUAUGGUGGUCGUCUUCAGCUGAACUGCUCUGCAGUUGGGGAUCCAAAACCUCAUAUCAUUUGGAGGCUCCCUUCCAAAGCUCUUGUGGACCAGAUGCACAGAAUGGGAAGCCGCAUGAAGGUCUUUGAGAACGGUACUCUCAUCAUCGAAUCAGUCAAUGAGAAGGAUGCUGGAGAUUACCUCUGUGUUGCACGCAGCAAAGUCGGGGAUGAUGUACAGAUAAUGAGAGUUUCUGUAUCUAUGAAGCCAGCUCGGAUCGAAACAAACAUCUUCAGUAAGAAGCAAGUACUUUACGGCAAUGACCUGAAGGUGGACUGUGUGGCUGCUGGUGUCCCCAUCCCAGAUAUAUCUUGGGGCCUCCCUGAUGGUACCUUGCUGAAUAGUGCUAUGCAAUCAGAUGGUACUGGAGAAGUUCGGUCUAAGCGGUACACUGUGUUUAAUAAUGGAACGCUGUACCUCAAUAAAGUUGAAAUUGGUGAGGAGGGUGAUUAUACCUGUUAUGCCGAAAACAAACUUGGCAAGGACAAGAUGCACGUCCACAUAUCUGUAGUAACUGCAGUCCCUCGCAUUCAAACACCAAACUUUACAUAUGCCAAGGUGAAGCCAGGUACAAACGUCCGCUUCGACUGUAAGGCUAUAGGGGAGCCCAGGCCAAUGGUUUUUUGGAUGCUGCCAUCAAAAGAUAUAAUUGCUGCAUCUAAUGAGCGUUACUUAGUGCACACCAAUGGGUCUCUUGAUAUACGUGAUGUUAAAUUGGUCGAUGCCGGAGAGUAUGUUUGCAUGGCUCGUAAUGCAGCGGGUGAGGAAAAUAAAGUAUAUAAGCUGGACAUAGAUGGAAAUCCACCCAUCAUCAAUGGCUUCAAACAGAACAGAACUGUGAUGAAAGAUAUAGCCGUCAAGUACUCAAGAAAACUAAUAGACUGCAAGGCUGAAGGAUUUCCACCCCCAAAGAUCACAUGGAUCAUGCCGGACAAUAUAUUUCUAACAGCUCCGUAUUACGGAAGUCGGAUUAUCGUUCAUAGCAAUGGAACGCUAGAGAUUCGUAACGUUCGUCCAUCAGAUAGCGCAGAAUUUAUCUGUAUGGCACAAAAUGAUGGAGGGGAGGCGGUCAUGUUGGUUCAGCUGGAGGUAACUAACCUGCUCAUGAGACCCAUUUUUAAAAAUCCUUUUAAUGAGCGACUGGUGACUCGGGUGGGAAGAACUGCUGUGCUGAACUGUUCUGCCGAUGGGCAACCCACACCAGAAAUCAUCUGGAUACUACCCAAUAAAACUCGUUUCAGCGGAGGACCUGACAGCGGCUCAAGAUAUCACCUGGGUAAAGAUGGAACCUUUGUCAUUCAUAACUCCACCAAAGAAGAUGCCGGUAAAUAUCGCUGUGCAGCCAAAAACCAGGCAGGUUACAUUGAGAAGCUUAUUGUUUUUGAGGUGUUUCUUAAGCCUUAUAUUCUAACACGCCCGAGAGGGGUGAUCCGCUCUGUUUCUGGGGAACCCCUCUACCUCCAUUGUCUGACAGAUGGAAGCAAAGUCAGAAUUUCCUGGACAAUGCCAGCAGGUCACAUUCUCACCCGUCCCCAGGUGAAUAGACACUACAGUUUAUUAGAAAAUGGGACACUUGUUAUUCGAGAGACAACCGUUUAUGAUCGUGGGAACUACGUUUGCCGAGCGAAGAAUGAAGUUGGUGAGGCGGUUCUAAAUGUGCCUGUUAUAAUCAUGGGAUUUCCACCACGAAUCAUUAAUGGACCUCCGAUAACUGUGAGAGUAGUGACUGGAGUUCCUGUUCAUCUUCCAUGUGUUGCUAAUGGGAUACCAAAACCAGACAUAACCUGGGAGUUGCCAGAUAAGACUGUUCUCUCCACAUUGGAAAAUGGUCAACUACACCAUCCACAUGGGACACUUAUCAUUCAAAAUCCCACAAGAGCAGAUUCUGGAAAUUACAAGUGUACAGCAAUUAAUUAUCUCGGCAGAGAUACAAAAAUAACAUACAUGAUGGUCAUAUAAGGAACAGUUUGUAGGGUGAUGACAAUAGGCUCCCUAUGGAAUGUACCUGCUGUUGUAUGCAAAUCGUUUGUUAGCCAUAAUAACUUCACUACUGCUCUUCUAGACGCCCUUGAUUUGUGGUACUUUGAUCUAUCAGGUAGUAUUGCCUGGAUAGUAAUGCAGUAUGAUGGGGAAACUAAAAACCAUUAAGAAAUUAAAUCUUUGAAAUAUCCGUGUUUUAUUGGUCCUCCUGACAAGUUUAUAUUCAUGCUGAAUUAUAAAACUGCACAAAUUAUAACAUUGAAAAAAACUGCAUCAUAGAGAAUCAUUGUUCAUAUUGAAUCAGUAGCUGGGUUUCCAUCCAAACCUGAAGCGAAUCUUUUCAAAAUUCGCAAACAAAGAAAAACAAUCUAUGUGAAUUAGUUGCGUUUCCAUCAAGUUGUUCGAGCGAAUGACAGGGGCAUUGGUAAUCUAGUAACCAACAGUAAAUAAAACAAGGAACACUUGGAAAAUAGAGAAAGGACUGCAUGUAGUCACGAUGGGGCAAGUUAUAAAUUUACUAGCGGUGCAGCCUGUAAUUACCAAACUGAAUGCUGUGCACAAAAGAAGGAAUGCAGAAUUUUUGAUGCAGGCACUAGCAGCAAGGCCUGCAAAAUUGUUGCGACCACGUCAAGCCCAGGGUUCUAAAUUAACAUCCGCCAAAUGUGGGUUAAAAUUCCUUUUUGUGCGAAAAAGUCCAGGUGACGCGAAAAAUUCCAGGUGACGCCUCGCGAUUGAGUUAGCUUAUGAAAACAUGACGAAACUAAAGUAAGUUUCUAAAUAAUAAUGAUGAUCUUAUUUUGACUCGAUCAUAUUGGCUUCUGUGAUGGACAUCAGAAAUGUUUUGUGCAAAGCAGGGAAAGGGAAGCAGAAAGGAGAUGAGUUUAUGGGAGGUAAGACAAACUACAUCCUCACCCUGUUAGGUCUCAAACAUUAGAGGAAAAAUCACAGGAAAACCUCUUGUCAAGUCUAUAGAAUUGCAAUGUUGCUGAGUAAAUCAACAGAUGUACUGUAUGUGUUAUACUGUAUUGUUCUGUAUUUUCAGAUAUUUAAUAUUUAGUUUACUAAUAUUUAACUCUAGGACACUAUAUAAACAGUUAGCAGUAACUAUGAUUAAGAUUAUUUUAGUCUAGCAGUCAUAAAAUAUUGUAAAAAUAUUAUUGUAAAGAUAAAUUAUUAAUCAUUGUAUAAUGUAGAAAAUAUUUCUCUGCUGUGAUUAUUUCGAAACAUUUUAUGCAAUUUAUGCCUCUAAACAUGUUAAUAAUGUUAGGUAUGAUUUACAAUCAUACUUCAAUAUUUUUAAAUACAUAUUUAUCUUUUUCAGUACUGUUGCACUGUAGAAUAGUGGGUUAAGCAAAGGACAUUGUAUAGAAGUGUUGCACACUUUUUGCACAUAGCAGGCUUUCAA